AUUUCUGCAGGAUCUCCUGAAGCUGAACACACACACCAGGCUGAUGGCGUUCACUGGGAAAUAUCAGCUGGAGUCUCACGAGAACUUUGAGGCGUUCAUGAAGGCAGUCGGUGUGCCGGAUGAUGAGGUCGAGAAAGGCAAAGACAUUAAGAGCAUCUCUGAGAUCCAUCAGGACGGAAAAGACUUCAAGGUGACGGUGACGGCCGGAACUAAAGUCAUUCUGUACUCCUUCACUGUGGGCGAGGAGUGUGAGCUGGAGACGUUCACUGGAGACAGAGCUAAAACUGUGGUUCAAAUGGAUGGUAAUAAGCUGACAGCGUUUGUCAAGGGGAUUGAGUCUGUGACGGAGCUGGAUGGAGACACUAUCAGUAACACUCUCAGCUUUAAUGGUAUCGUCUACAAGAGGAUCAGCAGACGCAUCUCAUGAUUGUAAAGCGACGCUCAUGGGUUUGCUGGUGAGGGCGGCUUCACGCAUGCUGUGAUAAACAUGUUCGUUCUGCUUGAACAUGCGCAGCUCCAUCUCCUGUCUGCCUCCGCAUCGCCUGAAAACACACACACACACACCAGCAUCACACACACUCUUCUAUAUUCUUCUGCUAUUGAUGGGAUCAUGAACAUGAUUGAUAGACUGUUUAGUUGCUUCAUGGUGAGACAGCAAAGGUUAAAUCAGUUUUUCAUGCACUCUAUACUGUAUUUCAGACUAGCGGAGAAUGCUGAAUAGACCUGGAUGUGUUUGUUGUUAAAUGUUUGCAUCUGUAGAGUUCAAUGACAAUAAAUAUCUUCAGUUUGAAA